CCGCGGAGGAGGGCGCGGGGCGGGGGGGAAGCGGCGGAGAGCGACGCGACCCCCCGGCCGCCCGCGGGUCGUAUGUUCAGGUCCAAACGCUCAGGGCUGGUGCGGCGACUUUGGAGGAGCCGCGUCAUUCCGGACAGGGACGGCGGAGAUGGGAGCCGGGGCGAGGCGGCGCCGCGCGGGGACCCCAUGGCGGAGCGGCGCGGGGCCCGGCUCCGCAACCCCGCCGGGGCCCCGGAGAGCGACGGCCGGACCGUGACCUGCUGCCUGUUCUCGGAGCGAGAGCCGGGCGGCCCCCAGCCACCCCCCGCCGCCGCCGCCGCCCCCUCCGGCCCCGACGGCGCGGCCGACGGCGGCUCCCCGGAGCGACGGGGCCGGGAGGCGCGGGCGCGGCUGCUGCUGCUGGAGCAGGAGCUGAAGGCCGUCACCUACUCGCUGCUGAAGCGGCUGAAGGAGCGCUCGCUGGACAGCCUGCUGGAGGCGGUGGAGUCCCGCGGGGGGAUGCCCGGAGGCUGCGUCCUGGUGGCCCGCACCGAGGUGCGCCUGGGGGGCCUGGCGGCGCCCCCGCACCUCCUCCUGGGCAAGCUGUUCCGCUGGCCCGACCUGCAGCACCCCGCCGAGCUGAAGCCCCUCUGCGAGUGCCAGAGCUUCGGCGUCGCCGACGGACCCACCGUCUGCUGCAACCCCUACCACUUCAGCCGCCUCUGUGGGCCAGAGUCUCCACCACCUCCCUACUCUCGGCUGUCUCCUAAUGAUGAGCAAAAGCCACUGGAUCUAUCAGAUUCCACGUUGUCUUACACUGAAACAGAGGCUACAAACUCGCCCAACGUCACGCCCGGAGAUUUCUCAGAUGCCAGCACGUCGCCCGAUGCCGUGAAGAGGAGCCAUUGGUGCAACGUGGCCUACUGGGAGCACCGGACGCGCGUCGGCCGCCUCUACACAGUGUACGAACAGUCUGUCAGUAUCUUCUAUGACCUACCUCAAGGAAACGGCUUCUGCCUCGGACAGCUAAACCUGGACAACAGGAGCGAGACUGUGAGAAGGACUCGAAGUAAAAUCGGCUACGGGAUCUUGCUCAGCAAAGAGCCGGACGGCGUGUGGGCCUACAACCGCAGCGAGCACCCCAUCUUCGUCAACUCCCCGACACUGGACAUCCCCAACUGCAGGACCCUCAUCGUGCGCAAGGUCAUGCCGGGCUACUCCAUCAAGGUGUUUGACUAUGAGAAGUCCUGCCUCCUGCAGCACACGGCCGACCUGGAUUACGCAGACGGGCCCUACGACCCCAACAGCGUCCGGAUCAGCUUCGCCAAAGGCUGGGGGCCCUGUUACUCCAGACAGUUCAUCACGUCCUGCCCGUGUUGGCUGGAGAUCCUACUCAGCAACAAUCGAUAACGGUCGGCCCUCUGACGAAAGGAAAGACACACGGAAUUAAAAAAACACCCCCCCAAAAAAAAAAAAAAA